AUGGGUGGAGAAACUUACAUUGAGUUGGAUCCCGAAAGCACUAAGGUGCGGUCAUCAUUCGGCCUGGGCCCGGGGGCAAGGGUCCAAGGUUGGCCAAGCAAGGGCGGCACAUACGUUCUCAGGGACUGCGUCCGCCUUGAGCUUGAUUUUCUCGAAGUGGAUCGCUUCAAGCCCUCUCGACGCUCGGAUGAUCAAGAGGAAGAGGACGCCCAUUGUGAAAGAAUGCGCAAGCUGGGCGCGACUUGGUGGAAGAGUGACCAGGCUCUUGCCGUUGCUGAGCUCUUUGGGGCGAAGGAAAAGACGCAUUUGCAAGACCCAGUCAUCAUUGUCGGAUGGCCCGCGAACGGCGGUGUCUGGGUGCUUACGAAACCUCGAAUAGAAGCGAUCAAGAUGGGGACGGGGAUUAUCAAGCUGGCGAAGGAUAUGGAAGAGCGGUGUCAUUUGAUCAAAGAACUCGGUGGCGUUUUCUACGAAGACCCAAAGGAAUCUCCUGAUCUGGAUCUUGCUUGA